UCUCUUACACUCUCAAACUCUUACACAACAGAGCAUCUUUUGUAACGUAAACAAGUUAGAAGACCCCACCUCUACAUGGUGGGAGAAAAAGAAGUUAUUAAAAACUCGUGUAUAGUUCUGACAAAAGGAAGGGCGAUAUUUACGCAAAAAAUAUUUUGUUUUUAAUUAGCUUCUGUUAGCACAGAUUCUAACAGCGACUCUAGCUAACUUUGCUAACUUCACACCGCGGAGCAAUAUCAACAAUACAAAAAGUGUUACAGCUUACAAAAACGAAAUAACAAAAUAGUUUGACUUCUUGGAUAAGAACAUGUCUCUUUGGAGGGAUAACAAAAUCGUGCGUAUUUUGCUCAUUGUCCUUUCUCAAUUUGCUUACAUUGCAGCUUUGGUUAUCAACGCCCUCGCAGGACCUGGAAAAGGUCCAUUUCAGCACAGCACUGGAAAUAUAUCAGACAGAUAUCAAACAGAAAUCACUCCUGCUGGAUGGACCUUUUCUAUAUGGGGUGUCAUCUAUUCCUGGCUCAUCCUGAUGAACGCAUAUAUCCUGACCUGGCUCUGUAGAGGGUUGUACUCAAGUCCAGCAAUCCUGCCCUCUGAAUUCUUUCUCUCAUGGAUCAUCAACAUGAUUUUGAACAGUACCUGGCUGGUCUUGUGGGAUAGAGAACUGAUGAUCCCCGCACUGAUUGUUCUCACCCUGAUUGCGUUCACCAACUACCUGAUGAUCUUUUUCUCUUGUGUUGGUCUGCGAGCUCAUGGAUCUUGGCUUAAACGGCAACAUCCAAAAGAUCUUUUCUGCAUCAUAGUGUUGGUUCAGAAUGGCAUUGCCGCCUAUGCAACAUGGACAACCAUCGCCACUCUGCUCAACUUCGUUAUUGUGUUGGAUCUGGCAUCAGUUUCCCCAACAAAUGCUGCUACAGCUGCUUUAUGCAUACUUUUUUUGGAAGUAAUUAUAUGGUUUACCGUUGAAAACUUCCUAAUAGAGAAGCACGUCCGUUACAUUCUCACCGUUUACCCUGUGAUUAUCUAUGCUCUAAUUGGAAGCCUAAGCAAGCAUUACGAUCCAGCGGCACCUGGCCGGAACGCUAUCUUUUCAGUGGUGCUCCUCGUGUUGGCCUGCAUUGCGUUAGUGCUGCGUGUGGGGUUGGUGGUUUGGAGACACAGGACUCGGCCUCUCUUCCGUGAAGUCAGUCCUGAGGUCCUGAUGUCAUAAAACAGCACCACUGAUAAAUAGCCAUACAUCAUGAGCACUCAACACUCAUAAAAACUUCAAAGAUGACAUGCCUUGAAAGGUAACCCUUCCAGGUGUGCAGUGCCUGCAUGAAUGUGUUUCAGCUGGAAGUUUUAUGGAAAAUAUGGAUGAAACACAGAAUACUGUCUGUUCUGCGCUUGAGCCAAGUCAUAUAUAAUAUAUUAAAUGUGCCUUACAUUAUGUGGUAUUUUGUUCUGUUUUAUACACUGCCAUUAUAAAGUUAAAAUAAGUCUUACAAAGUCUGCUUUUUUACAAUAAAAACACUAAUGUUGUGAAACACUAUUGCACUUUCAAAUAACAGCUUUUUAUUUUAUUUUAAUAUAUUUUGUAAUGUAAUUGUGUGUAUACUGUAUGCAUACACCGCUUUUCAAAAGUUCAGGAUCAGUACGAUUUUUUAUUUUUAAAAGCUGUGUUUAUUGGAUUAAAAAUACAGAAAAAACUGUAAUAUUGUGAAAUAUUAUUGCAAUUUAAAAUUGUGGUUUUCUACUUUAAUAUACUUUAAAUAUCAUUUAUUCUUGUGAUGCAAAGCUGAAUUUUCAGCAUCAAAAUGUUUUCAUUCAUGAAGUCUGGAUAGUGCAUUUUUAUGUCUGUGUUCAAAAAUGGGAGUGACGGUUAAAGGGUUAAAAUAGAAAUCUUUUGUAAGAAAAUACACUAGCGUUCAAAGUUUGGUGUCAGUAAAUGUUGUUUUUUUUUAAAAAAGAAGUUAAUGCUUUUCAGCAAGGAUGUGUUAAACUGAUAAAAAAGUGAUAGUCUUCACUUUUCAGGCUUCUAUUGUUAGAAAGGAUUUUUCCAUUUUGAAUAAAUGCUGUUCUUUUUAAGUAAAGAAAAAAAAAAGUAUCACAGGUUCCAAAAAAAUAUUAAGCAGCACAACUGUUGCCAACACUGGUAAUAAAUCAGCAUAUUAGAAUGAUAUCUGAAGGAUCAUGUGACACUGAAGUCUGAAGUAAUGCCUGAUGAAAAUUCAGCUUUGUAUCACAGAAAUAAAUUAUAUUUUAAAGUAUAUUAAAAAAUAAAACUGUUAUUUUAAAUUUAAAUUAUAUUUCAUAAUAUUACUUCUUUUUUUGAUUUUUGAUCAAAUUAAUGCAAAUUUGAUGAGCAUAAGAGAUUCCUUUAAAAACAUUAAAACUUUUGAAGGGCAGUGUAUGUAUUCAGUAACUUUUGACCAAAAAUAUCAGUAUUAUAUCUGAUAGUAUUUUCAUUAGCCUCUUACCUUUUUACAUGUGUGUAUGUACUAACAUUAACAUUUAAUAUUUUAGCAAACGCUUUAAUCCAAAGCAAAACACAAAUAAGGAAGCAAUAUCACAAGCAAUAUCAUACAAGAGCCAACAAUACUCACAAUACCAUGUUUUAAGAGAAGAGUAACUAUGCAAACAAACAAUGUGUGUUUGUGAUUUAAGCUUUUUUUUACAUUUUAAAAGUUUUUUAAAGAUAUAACACUUGUGUAAAGCUCAUUUAUUAAUGUUUAAUAAAAUACUUGAAAUGCACAUAGUGUCACUGUUAAUGUUCACCAAAAAUGUAACGCAGACGUUGCAUGGUACACAACUAGUAUAGAUGAUUCGUGAGAAACAGCUCUAAUGUAUGUUUAGUACAAAUGCUCUGGAAACCACCUUGUUGUUGAUUGCCAGCUUUAGAGACCAUGGGUCUUUCAACAGUGAUUACAGAGACAUUCAGGUUUGCCACACAACAUUUGUAUAUGGUGAAUAUACUUGCUUUGAUCACGGUCUUGUACAUUUACUUUGGUGUGGAUGUGAACUGAAGCAUCUCGUCAUGCAUGUUGUUGCCCUUUGGAAUGUGUGUGUCUCCUGGCAGCAGCUGCUGCAGGCUUGACCCUGUGUACUUUGGCUUGUUCACUACAGGAUGAAUUACUUAUGAGAAACUAAAAGACAAAUAAAGGACAUUUUUUCCUCCCAA